UGCAAUGAACAUCCUGGGUCAUGUGGUCAUCCUGCUUCUGCUGGGGGAAGCAGUCUCCCAGAACAAGCGCAAUUCAAAGUCCAACAGCAAGGUACCAAAUCAGGGCAAGAAAACAACAAACCCUGCUGGUGAGCCUGGACCUAUGGCAUCCAACCAUGACACCUUCCCUGUUGAAUCCUCAUCAGUGGAAGACAUUAAGGACCCCAUGGUCUACCAGUUAACAAAUUCGAAUGACGAAAUGAAACUCUAUUACCUGAAGAACACUCUUGUAACCUGCAACGACGGAACAACAGCCGGGUUUUACCUCAGGGAGCACAAAGGGAGCAGACGAUGGCAGAUAUUUUUAGAAGGUGGUUGGUGCUGCUACAACAAGGAGACCUGCGAUUCCAGAUAUAAAAAUAUCCGGCGUCUCAUGAGCUCAUCAGAAUGGCCACAAACCCGGAAAGGAAGUGGAAUUCUUUCAGCACAGUCUGAAGAAAACCCCCAUUGGUGGAAUGCCAACACAGUAUUUAUUCCAUACUGCUCAAGCGAUGUGUGGAGUGGAACUUCAUCCAGGUCUCGCCAAGGAAAGGAAACAGCUGAAUACACCUUUAUGGGAUCCCUGAUCAUCCGGGAGGUGAUUAAGGACCUAGUUCCCAAGGGUAUCAAACAAGCCAAGGUGGUCAUGUUGUCUGGAGCAAGUGCUGGAGGUACAGGAGUUCUGCUGAACAUUGAGAAAGUUUCGAGUCUCAUGGAGCAGCUUGGGGCAGAUGCACAGGUCCGGGGAUUGGUGGAUUCUGGGUGGUUCUUAGAGAGUAAACAGCAACGAAGCAUUGAGUGCUCUGAUACUGCCUCUUGCAGUCCUACAGAUACCAUUAAAAAAGGGCUCAGAUUAUGGAAUGGUAUCAUCCCAGAGAAGUGUCGACAGCAAUUCAAACGAGGGGAAGAGUGGCAGUGUUUUUUUGGACACAAGCUGUAUUCAUCUUUAAAAUCCCCUGUGUUUGUUGUUCAGUGGCUUUUUGAUGAGGAGCAAUUGAGGGUUGAAAACAUUCAGCUUGGAAGCCAUUCUCUAACUGAACAUCAGUGGACCUAUAUCCAGAAUAUAGGCAGGGAACUGAAAAACUCAUUCCAAGAUGUUAUGGCGGUCUUUGCUCCAGCAUGUCUAUCGCACACAUUGAUUACUAAAAGUAAUUGGUUGGAGUUUCAGGUGAAGGGGACAUCUCUCUCCAGAGCACUGCAGUGCUGGGACAAAAGCCUUCAAGACACCAGCAAGAACACCAAGACAUCAGUCAAGGGCUGCCCCUUCCACCUCAUUGAUAACUGCCAGUGGCCCCAGUGUAACCCCACCUGCCCUGCCCUGAUUGACCACAACACAGGACAGGAGGUCAGCCUGCUACAAGUUCUGAUGGGAAUGGGUUUUGAUCUCCAGAAGGUAGCACAGGAGUUGAAAGUGGAAGUCAAUGACCUGCUGGGGAUGAUCAGUAAUGAGGGCUAAGAAAGAGCUGGUGGAACAGGAAGCACUGCUAAAUUCAAUGUUAUUGUAGUGGAACGAAAAUGAUCUAAACUGUAGGUUAGGUGGGGUGACCUUUGGGGACACUGAAUUAGCAAGGCACGUAAAACAUUUAGGCCUAUAAGACAAUCACUUCUGUUCCUAGUUCCUCCUCGGACACGCUGCCCUCAUUGUAAGGCUAUAAGGAAUUUUCAGCUCCAUGAAAAAAGAUUCAUUAUAUUGCUCUGCAUAGAUCAUGUUAUAGUUUUCUAAAGAGGGUGGGUUGUUGCAAUCUUUCACUGUCACUUUUACAUUUAGCUAACUCACUGCUACUAAUGAUACUUAUACAGUUUAUUUAUGUUACGUGAACAUGCCUCCAGUGCUUGGGAGAGCAUACCUUUAAGAAAUGCUGACCACUUUCACUAAGAAUAACUGGGGGCCAUCAAUUGAUUUGCCAUAGACACUUUGGCAGCGUGCCAAAAAAUACCAAACUAGUAGGUCUUAUAGUAGCGCUGAUAUAGUGUUUGUUAAUGUACACUAGCUGCCUUAUAAGGGUACAGUGUAUACUACAGUAUACACUAAUUAAUAACCUUAUAAUGUUCACUGAAAGGAUAAUUGUACAGUCUCUACCACUGUCUGUUGCUGUAGGCAUUCUGCCAUGGCAUCUGUGGUCAAACUGACUUUUAGUUUAAAACUGUUUAUUGAAUUAACUGCUGCUAUAAUAUAACACUAUGAUAACAGUACUAGUAUUCUGCUGUAAUGGUAACAGUACAGUAAAACACUUUUUUUCAUAAUCUGAUUCAUCUGACUGGUUGUGAAAUACUGAAAUGCUAUAAGCACAUCCCGGAUCAUUAUCCUCUGGUAGAUGUAGCAUAUCUGGACCUCAAAUUGAAACCAGCUGUAAUCUUUUGUGUUUUAUUUUAAUGAAGUUUUACUAAUUUGCAGUGUUGUAUGUCAUUCUCCUAACCCAGCUGCUCCUGAUGAAGUAUUAAUUCCUGAAUAGUUAUA